AUGUCGGCGGGAGCACUUUCAUUCACUCUACCGAGCUCGACUCCUGCCGAAAGGCCAUAUACCAAUCUGAUCAAUUCAACUCAGUUCGCUCGCAACAACUUCAGACCGAGAGAAAGGGCAUGGAGGAGGACUGUAUCUCCCCAAGAGAAUCCAGGAGCGUUGAAAAGAAAUUUGAGAAAAUAUUGGGGGCAUGACGAGUUUAGGCAUCCUCAGCUAGAAAUCUGUACAGAUGCUAUGAGAGGAUGCGAUUUGAUUGUUGUAGCUCCGACCGGCUUGGGAAAAUCAUUAUGUUUUCAGCUCCCGGCUAUAACGAUCGAACAUGGAGUGACCAUCGUCGUCUCACCUCUUAUCUCACUGAUGGAAGACCAAGUGAAUCACAUGGUAGAGAAAGGGAUCAAAGCUGUGAUGCUCAAAGAGAACAUGGAUGAAGGAGCUUUGCGAGAGAUCCGACGUCAAAUGUCCUUGGGUCAUCCUGAAAUUCGAUUACUCUACGUCACUCCAGAAAGUUUGUUCAGUCCAAAACACAAGUAUAUGUUCGAUACCGCUUACAAGCAGAAGCAAAUGGUCAGAUUAGUAGUCGAUGAGGCUCACGUCAUCUCAGAAUGGGGAUUAGAUUUUAGACCUAAAUAUAGAGAACUCGGUAAUUUCCUUAACGAAUAUCGCGGUAUACCUGUGACUGCUCUCACCGCUUCGGCGACGCAAGAAGUUCGAAAUGAUAUCAUAAGAAGUCUAGGUAUCAAGAAAGGUUAUGGCCAAUGGGUAAUGCCUUUUAACCGAUUGAAUCUUUUCUACGAGGUUCGAUAUCAGGGAAGAGGUAGUGCAGAGGAUGAUGAAGAAUUAGAAGAUCAGAAAAGUACUGUGGAGGAGAUAGCAGACUGGAUCGAAGCUUACACAUCUAAAGCUAGAGCGAGAAACGUAACAAAUGGUAUACAUCGACCAUGCGUUACUGGUAUUGUAUACUGUCGAAAGACAAAGGAUUGUGAAGAUGUCGCUUAUUUCCUACGAGAAAGGGGGAUCAAAGCUCAGCCAUAUUACAAAGCUCUCCAAGCUGCCAACCCUGCUACUUUGGCUGCUUGGAAUGAAGGAAGAGUCGAAUGCAUUGUGGCUACCAUCGCAUUUGGAAUGGGAAUCGACCAACCGCAUGUCCGGUAUGUGGUGCACUACGAUAUGCCAAAGAGUUUUGAGGGCUUCUACCAGGAGACGGGACGUGCUGGGCGAGAUCGACAUAUUUCGCACUGUCUUAUCUUCUACUCCCGAGAGGAUGCGCGUAAAGUGCGGUACAAUCAUGAACUCAACGAGAGGAAGAGGAAAAAGCAAGGCGCCGAGGAAGAUCCUGAAGAUAUUCUUUCCCCUAUAAACAGCUUCAAAGCGCUUCAACAUUUUCUUGAAAACACUACUCAAUGCAGGCAUACAGGUAUAUGCAAGUAUUUUGGCGAGAAGAUCGACCUGCGUGAUCCGUCAGUCAAGCUCGCAUACUGUCAAGGGAUGUGCGAUGUAUGCAAAAGCAAUAAGCAAGUUCGCCUCUCAGCCCUCCAGCUGACUGAGGGAAUCGAGAUCGCCUCGCAGCCGGAAGAAAAAGAGGUCGAAAUACCAUCUAUGCCUUCCGCUGACCCGCUCGACGUGAUCUCUGAAGAAGGUUCGAUCUCAGGAUCACUCAAAGGCCUCGGCGAAGGUUAUGGUCUAGAUAAUCUGAACUCCCUCGACAGUGAGAGCGAUGAUGAUGUUCCGCAACUGAUCGACGACCCUCAACCAUUAUUCAUGCCUGUCUCCCCAAGCUCCUUGCCCCCCACUCCACCAGCUCAACUUCGUCCUCCAGACCUUCUAGCAUCUAUAAAUCCUGCAUCUUCAGCAACUCAUACUCCUGUCCCAUCGAUUGUAUCCCUCGCUUCUUCUGCAAAUCAUAGUCCAUUAGUACCGGCAAGUACGAAGAGUAUAACAUCUACUGUAUCAAUGCAAGGAUCAUCCACACCCAGCUCAAGAUCUAGUGAUAGAGGACCUGCUGUACCUGUAUCCCUUACUCCAGUAUUAAAGAGGGACCUGUCUGCUGAGGCAUUACGUCCAGUCCCAGAGAGGAUUUUCCAGCCUAUCAGAACGAGAGAUAUCACUCAGGUCACCCCAAAUCGAGCCAUUGCCGGACCGGGACCCAGUACUGUCGCUCUCGCCCAUGGGCAAAGCAAUGAUAGGAGGUCUCGAGAUUCUUCUCCGGUGAAGAGACGUAGAGAUCCAGUGGAUAUGAAUACUCCUGUGAGAGGUGUCAGGUAUAUAGAUGAUUCAGAAGAGGGUACUUCGUCAGAAUUGAAAUUGACUAGAGAACAAAGGAUCAAAGCGGAUAAGAUGCUGAAUAGUGUUGAACCUGUGAAGGGUAAUGGACCUUUUACAUGUUAUGAUCAGACUCCAACGGGUAUCAAGUUCCGUAAGAUCUCUUCGACCAGAGCGACAUUCAAACCUCCUAUAGCUAGAUCACCGAAUAAGAUUAGAUGUGAUCUCAUACAGAAACCCGCUCGAGAAGCUGCCAUCAAGGAGAUGACUGAUUCUCUGAUGGGAUGUUUGGCGAAAGGCGAAUUGGCUAGGAAGUUGCUGAAAGGUUGGGGAAGGGACGAGAAAGGUCAAGAGAGAGGAAAGUUGAUUGUUGGAAUUGCAAGAGUAAUGGAACAUGAAAUAGCAGAUAUAUCAAGAAAUGAUCCCUCCGGUUACAAAGGCCGAAUUAAACAAUUUAGAAAUGCCACCAAAGCUCUUCGAUCUUCCGAGGCUGUGAAGAUGAUUUCGAAAGGUCGAUUGGACGAACUGGAUGAUGGAAGUCCGGAGAUACUUCAUCUUAGAGCGUUGGAGAGAUGUAUAAGAGCAUGGGUACAUGAAUAA